UAAAGUGUCAUCUUUAAAAUAACCCAAUGGCCGCGUGAAAGGAGGAAACAAUUUUGCACAUUUCAAUCUGCACUAGAGCCCAUGUAUAUCUAGUCCCACCCGCUUUUGUCUUUACUACGAAUUCAUUUCAGAAGUUACCUGGUUAUUUGUUGCUCGAACAAUGUCAGAUUCGACUAUUUUCCCUUUUAACUCAUCCAUCAUUGAUCAGUCAGCGGACAGCAACGUAUCCAGUUCGAGCUCAAAUUCCAAUGCGUCCGACUCUUCUGUGGACUCCCAUUCAUCCAUAGAAUCCAAUUCAGAUUCGGGACCCAAUACAUCCGUGGAAUCUCAGUCAUCCGCGGAAUCUGAUUUAUCCGUUGAUUCCCAUUCGUCCCUGGAACGCCCAUCCCCAGUGGACCGUGAAUUAUCUGUGGAAUCAGGCUCAUCUUCAGCCUCCAAUACCAGCGAAUCUUCUUCAGUCGGAGAGGCUUCAAACCAACUGCACUCACCGCAAAGCAAUAGCUCCUUGAAUAUGGCUAACUUGUCGGUCUCGAAUGAAGAUGCUCACGCUCAGAUCAGAUCACUUACCCAGGAUGUGAUCCAGAUGGAAGCAGAUUUGGAUCGCAUGAAUCGCUACUGCGAGGAUGUGGUGUCACAGAUUGAUGCCUUCGCCACGAGAAGCUCAACGCCAACAGUAGCUCGUAGAAUUCGCCGCAGAUCGAAUCCAGUAGAAGUGAUAGAUCUGUCCCAUUUGGAGCAUGCGCCACCUGUUCGGUCCGCACGGAAUCGUGAUCCCGAUGCUGUCAUCGAUCUAUGCACCCCCGAAGGGCCAAGAAGGAGCACAGUGAAUUCCAUUUUCUCCAACGACUCCCUCACCAUUCCUCCACGUCGGCGAGGCUUGUCGGGGUCAACCGAAAAUGUCCCGGUUGUGGAUCUCGACGUUGUGUCGCCACCAAAACGCGCUAAUCGCGACAUGGAUGUGUCCCAAAAAGAUGACUUAUACAAGUGCCCCGUCUGCAUUGAAAGUGUAUCGAAGCGCGAGCCAGUUUCAACCAAAUGUGGACACGUCUUCUGCCGCGAAUGCAUCGAAGCAGCCAUCAGAGCUACGCACAAGUGCCCAAUAUGCAACAAGAAGCUGACCGUACGUCAAUUCUUUCGCAUUUACCUGUAAGUUGGUUAUACUAUUUUACAUGCUCUGUGAGCCACACUAUCAUAUAGUUUAAAAAUAUACGCCUAACUAUGUUAGAGACGGCAAAUAAUGUUUGUUCUUGUGAUUCAGAAACAAUUUUUUAUUUAAGUUUUCUUUAAUAAUCCCAAAAAUAUUUGAAUACAACUAUGAAAACUAAAGACUUCAAUUUUGAUGUAUGAAACCAUUCUCAGGCUAGAAUUAGAUAAAAACGACCAACUAGGAGUGUCAAAGUAUUAUGUUGGCGUUUUUCCAAACGCUAUUUAAUAAUGUAACAUACAUAUAAUAUAAUAAAUAAAAUGGACCCAACGUA